ACUCGCUUUGUGUCACUCAAAAUUCAAUGCUUUGAAAAAACCACUCCAGUUUUCCUCUCGCUUUGUGUCACUCGCCACCUUUGCGCAGUUUCAUCCCCUGUCUUCCAUUUUUCGCCUGGACUUACCCAUCAAUCCCGUCACCGCACCACCGAAAGCGGUGUCUUUCUAUCUUGCCUGGGAGAGACAGGGGCAGUGAGAAACAACGACUGAAAAAAAAAAGAGAAGAUCGUCGUUUGAUGACUUUGUCCGUGUCAAGCACAGCGACGGUUACCCGCUGCAUCGUUGCAGGCCUAAACGGGUCGUCAGUAGUGCGGUUUGCGCUUGCCAACACGCGAGAGCUUGAGAUUGAGCUCGAGGAGCUACAGAAGGCCGUCCGAGGUCUCACCACGAUUCCUGUCAAUGUCGAGCUUGCCAUCGACACAAGCGCCAUCCCGCUCAUGCAGGGCCGUGUCGAUCUUGCAGUUGUCUACCUGACGAAAUCACACACGCUCGUCAUUCCGCCGCUGCCCGGUGGUGCUGUCCAGAUUUGCUGUCGGACGGACAACAGAGCCGGACUCGACCAGCCGAUUGUCCAACGACGUGACGACGCAUCCACGGCUUCAAUGGACGCCACACAGGUGAUUGAUGCCUUGAGGUCGCAGCCGCCGAGCGUCGUCUUCACCCAGCCCGAUAUUAACCGGGGACCGUCCUCGUCUGUUGCUGCGGGUGCCCACCUUCCACGCGAGUCGACCGUCCGCGAGUUCAAAGCGAACGUGAAGAAAAAUGCUCGCGCUGUCACGGAGGACGCAUUUAGCGCCUGGCUUGGAGACUAUCUUGAGCCUCUUCUGAACGCGGCAAGUAUGGAAUUUCAUCUCGGUGUCGACGAAGUCGACAAGCAUGGCGUCAUCGUCGGCGUUGAGCUUUGCAUCGACCCAGAGACUCUUUGCCGCGCUCUUCGUGAAUGGCUUGUCAAGCACAUUGUUCCCACCCCGACACGGCUCAGCAUCUCCGUCAACGACCUACAGCUACCUCCGGACGACAAUUAUGCUGUCGUACUAGUUUGGGAUACAUGCCCGAUACUCAGUACAGUGCUCGCAAACCACGGCGAGUCACCCUGCAUUCUCGUUUCCGAGCUGUUGGACGAGACCCAGGUGCCGAACGCGUUUGCUGACAUUGUUGGCCAAUUUGGCACGCGCCCGAUAAUCGAAGGUGAACUUGUUGCAUGGCUCAACAACCAGCUUGUCCAGCGCAAGGUUAUUUGCAUCUCGCACGACCUCAAUGCUACUCCCGCGCGCUACCUACGGCGCGGCCGUCCAUUCAUGUACCUAUUUGACUCCACUGGGAACUCGACUACGGAGCCAUCAUUUCGCACGCCGGACGCAUUGGCCAUUUGGCUUCGUGGGCAUACGCUCAACCCGCUCGUCGUGCGUGCGACCGCCAGCGACUUCACUGUGCGCGUCCGCAUUCGCGACGCCACAUGGCAAGCUGAUGUGACCCGCAACAUCGAGCACAUCCUCGGCUUUGACAGGCCCAGUGACUUCACAUUUGACGACAUCAGCGGUCCAAGCUCCGUUGCACUCCUCGUCGAACGUCUUCACUCCAUGCCAACGCCACUCAUUUGCGUUGUUGACGGGACUGAAAAGGCGGUUGGUUGCCUGACUGCACUCAGAAAUCAGCUCUUGAGUAAAGAGACGGACAUCCAAAUCCAUAUCCAAGCCGUUCUUCUCGUUCGUGAAAAUGACCUGCAUAACGUCCACUCGUUGUACAAGACGGCCAGUAACGUUGCGGCCAUUCUCGACGUUUGCCCUGCCGUGGCCGCCCUUGGUUGGUAUCCCUCCGGCUCGGUCCGAGCAACCCGCCCUCAGAUACCGAUACCGGCAUGUUUUGACCUUGUCGACGGCCGCGCUCCUGCGAGCCACAACGAUCAGGACUUCAUAUCACAGUGGAUGCGGAGUGGACUGGAAGCGCCAUGGUCUCUCUUGCGAUCCAAUCUGCUUCCAGUCCGCGCUGCUGUCGUUGCCCUGGAGCACCGCAUUCGCGACCUUGCCCGCGCGCGUUCGCACAUGGUUUUGUCCAUACCAAAAGAAUACCGCGGCAUUGGCCUGACCACGGUCAUGCGGCAGGCUGCACUUUGGCUCAGCGUCGACUUUGUUGUCCUUUGGGCGCAUCCAGACAAGCAGCCGGAGGACCGUGAUGUCGUGGUCGUCUCCGACCCUGCGAUCAUCUUUUUUGAUGAUACGGUUUACAAGUCAGACGAGUAUGCGAAGCUCAUCUCGUCUCCGGCAACCAUCAUUGUCCGCGUGCAACGCACUGGCUCGCUGGUUGGCGAAACGUUUUACCUCACGCCGUUCCUUGAUGUGGACGAGUUUGCCGGGAUGACUAUGCAGCUAGCAUGUUGUAUUCCAGAUAGUGCACGUGCCCUUCAGCAAGCCGAGAAACUGGCUCGCGGGGGUCUCCCUUUCGCCACUCAUCCGCUCAAUUUUGUCUUGGCUGCGGUGACCGCGUCAUGUCAAACAGCAGUGAUGCUUGUACGAUCAUGUCUUACUGGCUUGGACGACGAAAAGCGCGCACUGCUCGGGCUGCUGUCCUUCAUCACCAUCUUCACGCCUCGCAAGAAUGGUCUCCCGAGUCUUCCGUUCAUGUCGCUGCGCGAGCACAAGGCACUGCGCCAUCUGCUACGCAUAACACCUGAGCGUACUGAGCUCUGGCAUCCACAGCUCGCCAGUCUUUGCCUUUCCGAACUGCAUGGAUUUGCGCUCGUGGUCUGGUCGACAACUGACAAGGCUGUCCGCCCUUGCGCUGGUUUCGAUGACGUUCUUGUCCAGGCAUUCAAGCUUGUCCUCAAGACGGCCUCUGAGCAGUUUUCAGCUGUACAAGUUGGCCUGCUCGUCCGCCUGCUGCUUACCGAACGUCUUUCCGGCCGGAAGUUCUCGACCUUCGUGCACUGCUUUGACUGGGCGUUACAACCGUUCACUUCCUACACCCCAUUGCGCGAGGCUGCAUCCGACGUCCUUGCCAAGGCGGCACCUGAACAGGUCCACCUCCUCGUCCACGACUGCAGGCGUCGCCGUUUGUGCAGCCGCCGGGCCCAGCGAACGCCACAGUUCCUUCAAACGCUGAAUGAGCUUGCAGCACUCGCGGUCACGUGGGCCACUCAGUCUCAUCAAGCUUUACUUCCGUUGACGCUCCAGAACCAGGCAAUGUGCUGGGAGCUGUCGGGUGAUGUUGACAACGCCCUCACUACUCUGGACGAGCUCUGGAAGCAAGCCCCACGCUUGGCCACUGCAAAGACUGGCGCCAGGAUUGCGGAGGAAGCGCAGCGCGAUACGGAACUCUGGGCGCAGCGGAUGCAUGAGGCAACGCCGACGUCUCCUAUCGGCCCGUCCAACUGGCCGGUUUUACAGUCUUCAUCUCCGUUGGAAGACGACGAGCCUGCUCCCGAUGAUGCACCGAGCGACCCUGAUCCCAAUGUUUUGCUUUCGUUGGCUCUUCCUUGA